UUUUUGACUUUUUUAUGCCUUAUAAUUUUUUCUAUUUCCAACAAUACCCUCAUUAACAAGAGCCCUAAGUUUUUUUUCCAUCUUCCUUUCUUCAUUCCUCCAUAGCCGUAUCUUUUCCUUUCUUCUUUACUCCAUUUCUGCGAUUUCAGUGGCAAAAGCAAGAUGAAACUCAUCCGGAGUGUCCUAUGGGCUGCUAAUGCUUUCAAAUUACGAUCUUCGGAUCAUCCUCAAGCUUUCAGGACCUUUUCAACACUCCCAAAUUUUGGUAUUCAAGGGAAGACUGAAAGCAAAAUAUACAGUAAUCAGAACUCAUUUUCGGGAAUGAAUGGUUGCUCAACAUGUAAUGUUGGUAGGAGGUGUUUCUUACAUUCUGGAAGCCCAAAGGAAGCUGAAAUGGGAAACAAUUAUAGGCCGAUGGACUUUGUUAGAGGACUUACGGAGGACAAUGCAAGGCGUUUCCCGAGUGGCGCUCCACUUUCUAGGUAUCACAUUGAGCAGGAUGCUGAUAUUGUUCAUAUAAAGGUUCUUCGCAACAAUGCCUUUGUAACUGUGACAGAUUCGAAAGGGAAUAAAAAGUUUGGAGCUAGUGCAGGUAAGCUAACAGGAAAAGGAGGGAAAGUUGCAAGAUACUCUGCUGAAUCAACUGCAGAACAUGUUGGGCGUGAAGCCAGGGACCGAGGCUUGGGGUCUGUGGUCAUGAAAGUAAAUGGGUUUACUUACUUUAAGAAAAAGAAGCAAGCUAUUCUAAGCUUCAGAGAGGGCUACACUCAUUCUCGUGGAGAUAAGAACCCUGUGGUAUUCAUUGAGGACACAACACGAAAACCCCAUAAUGGAUGCCGCCUCACAAAGAAGCGUCGCAUCUAAUUGCUAAUCAGGUGGAAUGUAAUGAGUCACUAGUCUUAUAUGUGUUACAGGGAAUGAAAUCCUUUUGACAGUUUAAUAAACAGUCCCUGCUUGAUUUUGGAGGCUUUCAGCUGUGUAGAGUAGGUUGCUUCUGCAUAUCAAUUUAGAUAGCAUCUUAUGUACUAUUGACAGUAACAGAUAGCAAAUAUGGCCUUGUUUUGUACAAUUGGUGCUAAAUUUUCCAUUGAUGCCUCUUAUCUCUGAAAUAGUUUCGCGGAAACUGUCGUUUGUGUCAAAGAGCUGUAGAAUCACUGAUAUUUCAUUUUGCGAGUAAUCAAAUGCUAUUUAUUUCUCA